UGAUGCCAUAAAAGAGGUUAUACUCAGCUUUUUAAUUCCUGUUGUUGUUAAAACAUCAUUCGGAUCGAAAACAUGGAUCUCACUGAUAAGUUUCCCAAGUUUACCAGUUAUCCUCCUGUACCUAACUGGUAUUCUUUCAACAUUGCAGCCAUUGUUGAGCCGGAUUUUUUCCUUUAUGCCACGAGAAAUAUAGUGGUCGUCCUCAGCUUGUCCGGUCUGAGAUAUUUCACGUCCUUCAUCGCGUCCAAAGACAAAAAGGUUGUUGCUCUUGCAGCUCAUGGAACCUUUUGUGUUACAGCAGGCUCAGAUAACAUAGUUCGAGUAUGGAAUCUCAUAUUGGGAUCUCACUUAACCAGCCAUUCUGCACAUCAGGCCGAAAUAACGACCCUGAAGUUGAUAAGGAACGGCAGUACAGUUAUUUCAGGUGACAAAUCUGGGAAAAUUGUGAUAAUGGAUCUGUUUGCCGGUGGAAAACUCAAAAGUGAAACAAAAGUGAAAGCAGAAGUGACCAGUAUAGCCACAACCGUAGUUGAUGACCAAGAUUAUGUAGCGGUUGGGUAUGGAAAUGGAUUGAUUUUUGUAGAAAAGUUGUUUGGCAAGUUUCAGCCUCAUCUUUUAAGCUACGUACAGCAUCAGAACAGUUGGAAACAGCAACAGAAAUGAUGACUUGGCCUUUGCUUGCCUUCAGCACAAGAAACAAAAAGGCAGUUUCUGUGUGGGCUUUCCCUUCAAACAGUCUGCAUGCAACGCUUCGAUUACCUCCUCCUCCAUCUCAAGCAACGGAUGCGCAAAAAUCAUCGUUAUGGCUUACAUUAGCUUGGUCACCUUAUCAAAAUAAUCGCAUAUAUAUAUCACAUUACGUUGGAACUAUCUUAUGUUUUGAAAUUACACCCAAAGGAGCCAGAAUCUGCAAUGCUGAGCGAUUAGAGAACCAUAAUCGACUUGUAUUUACUAUCAAUCAUUUCAACAAUGGGAGGAAUUGUAUAACGACAUCUUUAGAUAAACAAAUCAUUCUUUGGGACCUUACCAAGAAAAAUAAGUGUCUCAUGAGUCUGAAAACGCAGGCUGCUUUUCCUUAUGCACUGGAAACACCGAAUU